CACUAACUUUACCAUUAUGAUCCUUUCCUUUCUUUGGACUAAGGCAGAAAAAAAAAAACCAACCUACAUUUGGAUGGCAUAUUAUUCAUUGGCUCACCUAUAUGUCAUAAUGCAAUGGGCUCAUGGUGAUCAGAAUAAAAAGAAAGUUGUAUCCCUGCCCAUGUGGUGGCUGCUAUUGAUGUGAACACUGUUGCUAAUGAAGUAUACAAGCAUAAUUUUCCUCACACACACUUACUGGCAAAGACAAUCGAAUUACUCUGCUAAAUUGACACAGUACUAAACUGACUAUCCUGGCUGUUCAUUACAUCACACUUGAGAAACAGAGAAGUACAUUGGUAGAUAGAUACUUAAAGAUUCUCCAGACCUUUGCCAAAUUCGGUCAAUUACAAAAGGUCCCAAAACAGUAAUGUUACAUUCAAGACCUCCUAGAGGAACCAGUGUGGAGGAAGUCACUGUUUUUCCUGACAAGAUUGCUUUGGGAAGUUGGUGUAACUGAAGCUGCACUGUGAAACACUGUGUUAGGGUAUUUCACUGGAAGAAUUUGACAAGCUAUCUUUCAAUAUGAUUUUAAUGAGCCCCCCAUGUCAGCCAUUUACAAGAAUUGGCCUACAGGGGGAUAUGACUGAUCCAAGGACUAAUAGCUUCUUGUAUAUUCUAGAUAUUCUACCAAGAUUGCAAAAAUUACCCAAGUAUAUUCUUUUAGAAAAUGUUAAAGGCUUUGAAGUAUCAUCUACAAGAGGGCUGCUGAUACAAACGAUAGAAGCCUGUGGCUUUCAGCAUCAAGAGUUUCUAUUAUCUCCUUCCUCCCUUGGUAUUCCAAACUCAAGGCUACGAUAUUUUCUCAUUGCAAAGCUUCAGUCAGAGCCUUUACCUUUUCAGGCCCCUGAUCAGAUACUGAUGGAGUUUCCUAAAAUUGCAACUAUACAGACACAAAGCUAUGCAGUAGUUGCAGAAAAUACAUUAAGAGUGAAAAGACCUGAACCAAGCACCUGCUUUGAUAGCAGCAGCACACAGUAUUCCAGAAAGGAUAGCAUUCUUUUUAAGCUUGAAACUGCAGAAGAAAUUGACAGGAAGCACCAGCAGGACAAUGACCUCUCUGUGCAGAUGCUAAAAGAUUUUCUUGAAGAUGAGGACACAAGUCAAUACUUUUUACCACCAAAGUUACUGCUUCGAUAUGCUCUUUUACUAGAUAUUGUUAAGCCCACUUCUAGAAGGUCCAUGUGCUUUACCAAAGGGUAUGGAAGCUACAUUGAAGGGACAGGCUCAGUGUUACAGACAGCAGAAGAUGUGCAGAUUGAAAAUGUCUUCAAAUCUCUUAAUGAUUUGCCUCCAGAAGAAAAGAUAGCUAAGUUGUCAACACUUAAACUGCGAUAUUUCACACCUAGAGAAAUUGCGAAUCUCCAGGGAUUUCCUCCAGAAUUUGUUGACCAGGUCUGCUUUUUAAAAACCCAAGUGGUCCUUGAAACUCAUGAUCCUCCUGCCUCAGCUCUCCAGUACUGGAUUACAGGCUGUACAAGCAGGCUCAGCUAGGCUCCACUGGCAUUUUCACAGUAAGAAGGUAAGGAGUAGCUAAGUUAACCAGUUGUUGGACAGGGGCUGUCUUUGUGGUUGUUUUUUCACUUGGGCAAAGAUACAUUAUCAGUUAUUUGCCUUUGUUCUUACUAUAAGGAAUGUAAAGGGCACGCAAGAGCUUUAGGGGAUCUGCAGCAGGGGAGUGUACAAACAAAAGCAAAGAUAGAAGGAAGACAAAGUCCUAACUCCACCAUAGUGCAGGAAAUCCAGGGAUUAGGGCCAUGAAGCCUGGACACUGCCCUAUGUGCUUACUGUGGCCCCCAAGCCCUGCCCUGUCACAUUGUCACCAGCCUCUCAACUCUAAGAGAUCCACGUUUUCUUACACAGGGGCUCAGAGUGCUCCCCAUACCUGGCUAAACAGGCAAAGGGAAAACUAGAGCUACCCAGCAUGCCUCCAGGUCUGAGGAGGAGGAAAUCUAAGAACUCUGCUUGAGGAUUUGAAUGUAGAAGGGAAACUAUUAAGUCCAGUAGAGUUGUAAUAUUUGUGCAUGUUUGUGAGGUGAAUAAUGGUCAAAAGAGAUUGGGUUUCAGAUUCUAAGUGAUAAACUUACAGAUGAGGUCUUGGAACCCAAUCCUCUUGUCCACUGACAGUGGCUAUCCCACUUAACUGCUGUCAGUAUUUGCUUCUGUGAGCAUAAUCACAGCUACCAGGCUGAUUUUCCACUCCUUGUCCUUGAAAAGUUUAUCACUGUUGCAGUUUGUAUUUACAAAUUCAGGUAUUUGUGUGUGUGUGUGUGUGUGUGUGUGUGUGUGUGUGUGUUAACAAUUGAAAAAGAGAGACCAUGAUUUUGAGAGGGAGGAGGGGUGGGGGCAUAGGAGAGAGAGGUGGGAAGAAAUGGAAGGCAAAAUGCUAUAAUUGUGUUUUUUUAAUUUAAGAAAGAAAAAAUUACUAUUUUUCUCUUUUUCUCCCUUUUUGGUCAUCUCAUUCGAUCCUCAAUGUUUUAGAGAUUGUUACUAAAGAAAGGCAGACUUUCCUUGUCUUAGUACAUGUCACAAAGGGAGAAAAUUGUAGGAUAUGAGGGUUGGACUCAUCUCAAUUCUGCCUACCAGUCUGCUUUCCUAGUUACUAUUCUCUUCAUAUUUUGAAUGAGCAGAUGUACUCCUCAUACUACUUAAAAGAAAGGCUAUUGAUUGUCUAAUCAAAAUGAGUUCCUAAGUCUCAGUAUGCUGACUAUUUUACCUCUAUUACCAUGGUAAUAUUGAAACUCAGGAAGGGAUUUGGAGAGCCAGAGUCAGAUCAAGCAAAAAUCUUUUUUCUUUUAGUUUACUUGUUUGUAAAAUGUAGAUAAUUAUAACACCCACUUUAUGAGGUAUUAUGACAGUUGACUGAGUUAGUGUAUUUAAAUGCUUAUAUAAUGUCCUAGGAAAAUUAUGUCGAUUUUUUAAAUUCUUAAGUUAUAAAAAAUAAUUUUAAAAUAUUCCAUUUAUUUCUUUACUUGUGUAUGUGUGUACACAUAUGUGCAUCUGCCAUGAUGUGUGUGUAUAGUAUACAUUACAGGAAUUGGUUCUCAUAAGGGUCUCAUGAACUCAUGUCUUUAGGUAGUGGCACUGGGCCAUCUUGGUGGACCCUAGAGAUGGGUACUUUUUAUUUUGUAAAUUUCAUAAAUACUUUUUCUGUUUUGAAAUUUGAGGUGAAUACAAUAGAAUUUCUUGAGGUUUUUUUCACACACACACACACACACACACACACACAAUACAUAUGAAGAGUCUUAAUUUUUAUUCAAUUUAAUUCUUAAUUUUUUUAGGUUAAAAUAUAAUCACAUCAUUUUCCCCCUUCCCUUUCAUUCCUUGAAUCCCUCCUUGUACUUUCUCAAAUUCAUAGCCUAUUUUUUUGUUACUGUUACAUAUUUUAAAUUGCUGAAUGACCUUUAAAAAUAUAUGUAUUCUUGCAUUGACAAUCUUGCCCAGAUGCUACCACAGAACAUGAUACAGCUGUCCUUCAUGUCCUUUGUACCCCAUUGGCUGUGGGUAUGGUGUGAGCUAUUUGUCCCCUGGCAAUGAUAGAUUCAUAUAGAUUUUUCUGUUCAUUUUGUCCUGGUGUCUUGUGACUGACAACUAGCAUGUCUGUGACUAGCUGGCUUUAGAAGAGAGCACAACCUUUAAGCUGUCUUGACCCUAUGCAUUGUGUGGUUUCGUUUUUGAAGACUAUCAUUACUUUAAUAUAUCUAUGCUUUUUAAAAAUUGUCUUUUAUCUUAGAAACUGUAAUUCCAUCACUUAGUUUAGAUUUUAGUAUCUGUAUAAAAUAAAAUUCUGUUUCUAAAUUCAUCCUUCCCUUUAGUGUAGUCUUAAUAUUGCAAAGGAUCAUUCCCUGGGAUAUUGUAAAAGUUUAUUUGUAAACACAUUUGUAUGUCUGGUUUUUGAAACUAAUCUUUGAGAUUAGUAAUGUGCUUGCCUGUGGCUCACUAUCUAUAGGAUAUAAGCUUUACAGUCAUGCUUAAUUGCAGAUGACAGCUUUAUUGUAGUCAUUAUUGUUAUCUUAUUACAGUUAAUAUGGAGUCUAGAUUUGGUGAAGAUACUUUACCUAAUGGUCCUUCAUUACAAAUAUAUGAAAUUGUACUACU